ACGGACCGGUCUAACCAAGCCCAUCGUCUCCAUAUAAACACUGAUUCAGCUAGGGUUUUGCAUCAUCUCUCGUCGCGGCACACACACACACCAGCAUCGGCGGCGAUGGCUCCCAAAAAAGGUGGAAAAGCUACAGUUGCUGCCUCCAAGAAGAAAACCGAGAAGGUUACGAACCCGUUGUUCGAGAAGCGUCCCAAGCAGUUUGGAAUCGGAGGAGCGUUGCCUCCCAAGAGGGACCUAACAAGGUUUGUGAAAUGGCCUAAGGUCGUUCAGAUUCAAAGGAAGAAGAGGAUCCUUAAGCAGAGGUUGAAGGUUCCACCAGCUUUGAACCAGUUCACAAAGACCCUUGACAAGAACCUCGCUACAAGCCUGUUCAAGAUACUUCUGAAGUACAGGCCUGAAGAUAAGGCAGAAAAGAAAGAGCGUCUUUUGAAAAGGGCUCAGGCCGAGGCUGAAAACAAAACAGUUAAGACUGAGAAGCCAAUCAAUGUGAAGUAUGGGCUCAAUCAUGUUACCUACCUUAUUGAGCAGAAUAAGGCCCAGCUGGUUGUGAUUGCUCACGACGUUGACCCUAUUGAAUUGGUUGUCUGGCUUCCAGCCUUGUGCAGGAAGAUGGAAAUUCCUUAUUGCAUUGUCAAGGGAAAGGCACGCUUGGGAUCGAUUGUCCACAAGAAAACUGCUUCUGUUUUGUGCUUGACAAGUGUGAAGAACGAAGAUAAAUUGGAGUUCAGCAGAGUCUUGGAAGCUAUCAAGGCUAACUUCAACGACAAAUAUGAAGAGUACAGGAAGAAGUGGGGCGGUGGGAUCAUGGGUUCCAAAUCCCAAGCUAAAACCAAGGCGAAGGAACGCGUUCUUGCCAAGGAGGCUGCUCAAAGGAUGAAUUAGGCGUUCAACAAUUUUUUGUUGCCUUGUCCUUGGUUUUGUUUAAUGUCAUCUAUUAACUUAAAUCUAAGGUUACUUUUACAAGACAGGUUGCUGUAUUCUCACAACAGAAACAUUCAUUUACAUGAGUUAGUGUAUGUCGUUCUAAACUAGAUUGCUGCUGGCAGUAAAUUUUGGUGUGAUUUUCCUACAA